AUGACAUCCAAAGCAAGGCUAUCCCCCUUUGUUUUCUUCUUCAUCUUCCUGGCGCUAGCUACUACUCUAGCUAUAGCCAAGGAAGACCCUGAGCUGCAGCAGUGCAGAGAGAAGUGCCAAUACCAAAGGGGUUUCGACCAGAAGCAGAAGGAACGGUGUGUAAGCCAAUGUGAAGAUUACAGCAGACACAAACACGGUGGUAGUAGCCAUGAUGACUUGUUGUGGGGGAAACAGAAAAGCCCAGCGGAGAAGCUGAGCGAGUGUCGUCAAACAUGCGAGAGAAAAACUGAUCAACAACGUCAUGAUUGCAGAGACCAGUGCUGGGAGGAUUACAAGAGACAGGAAAAGAAACAUGCCGGCAGCAGCAGCGAUGCAGAAGAGUUUAAUGUAAUUCAUCCCACAAGGGAACCCGAAAAAAGAUACAGAGACAGAUCUCUAAUCAUAAUUCUAAUUGUAAUUGUUUCAAUAUAUAGGUACAAGGAGUGUAUCGAACAGUGCAAAAGUAAGGAGGGGAGAGACAUAGAACUGUGCCAUAUCCGGUGCGAUAAGCAGAGGAGAGAGGCGGGGAGCAAACAUGAGAACCCAACUCACCGAGGAGAGGAAGAGGAAGGAGAAGGAGAUAAGAGGGAGAGGAAUCCAUACGUGUUCGAAGAUCAACACUUUCAGACCAAGUUUGAGACAGAGCAUGGCAGAGUUAGGCUUCUUCAAAACUUUGCAGAAAGGUCAAAGCUACUCGUCGGCCUCAUCAACCAUCGCGUCUCCAUCCUCGAGGCGAAUCCCAGCACUUUCAUAGCUCCAUACCAUACUGAUGCCGACGGCCUCUUCUUCGUGGCCGAGGGUAAAGCAACUAUAAGCUUGGUUCGUGAGGACAAAAGGGAGAGUUUCAAUCUGAAGAGGGGAGAUAUCAUCCGAAUCCCGUCCGGUACAACAGUCUACAUGAUAAACAGAGCUAGAAACCAGAAACUCGUUGUGGUCAAGCUGUACCAGCCCGUCUCAACCCCAGGCUAUUACGAGUCAUUCACCGGUCCCGGAGGUAAAGAUCCCGAAUCCUUUUUCAACGUUUUCAGUCCAGAACUGCUCGAGUCUGCUUUCAACGUAAAGAGGGAGAAAAUCCAGAGGGUGUUUGAAAAACAGAACCAAGGAGUGAUCGUAAAAGCUUCUGAACAGCAGAUUAAAGCCAUGUCACAGCACGAGUCAGGUGGAAUCUGGCCAUUCGGAGGCGGAUCGAAGGGUCCUUUCAAUCUGUUCGAGAAGGCUUACGCCUCUCAAUCUAAAUCAAACCAAUAUGGACAGUUGUUUGAGGUUGCUGCCGAUGACAACAAAGACUUGCGCGAACUGAACGUUGGCGUUUCCUUUGCCAACAUCACCAAAGGAUCGAUGACAGCCCCAUUCUACAAUUCCAAGGCCACAAAGAUAGUCUUAGUGAUCCGUGGUGAAGGUUACUUCGAAAUGGCAUGCCCUCACUUGUCCAAAUCUGGACAGCAACAGAAACAACAACAGCACUACGAAAGAGUGAAAGGGCAGCUGCGAAAAGGUGUCAUCUAUGUAGUACCUGCCGGACAUCCUGUCAUCACGGUUAGUCAUGGCAGUCAGAACCUGGAACUUCUCUGCCUCGAAGUGAACGACUUGCAGAACGAGAAAUAUACAUUAGCUGGACGGAGGAAUAUAAUAAGGCAGCUGGAGAAGACUGCGUUGGAGUUGUCUUUCGGUGGGGUACAGGAGAAAGAAAUCAGGGAAGUGUUCGAGAGCCAAUCCGAAGAGUUUUUCUUCAAGGGACCAUCUCAAUCUCAGCAGAUGCAGCAGGAAGAUGGUUUUGCUGCUGAAUGA